AUGAUUUUGCCAGCUUUUACGCAUCGUUAUGGUUUAUUUGCUGGUGUUUUCCUGGUCAAUUUGUUCGCUUUGCUUGUUAUUAUCGUUGCUGCAUGCCGCAUAUAUAAAUUUCGUUUUGAAGAAUCACCGGAAGGAACUAAAAGAGAAGACCUGAAUGUGUUGCGGUACGAGUUGAUUGCAGCCUGUGUAAUUUCGAUGAUUACUGGCUACAUUCUGUUUGCUUGGAACCAUAUCUGGCGUAAGCCCAUACGAACUAAUUUACUGCACGUUAUAAAAUUCGCACUCAUCGAAAACGACUAUGCGAAGGAGAUAAACGCCAUUCAGCAGCAAUUUCAAUGUUGCGGAGUUUCACUGAAUGGCUCGUUACCAUGGUCAUGCUGCCGCUCCAAACAUAAUUCCAUAUCCUGUGAACAUCUGGAUUUUCGGCGAUUCAAAAGAGUGCUAAACGAAACAAAUUUUGAACGGCUUCGCAGUUAUGCGGCUCAAUUUAAGCAACACUGGCGGAAAAAAGCGCUGGCACUACAUUCGGUAUACAGCGACGAUUGUGCUAAAGCAUUUCAUCGUACAUUUAAAUUCGAAUUUUUUUAUCUCAACGCUGCCAUGUCGUAUGCAGUAGGUGGGCUAUUGGUAAUACCGGCAGCAUUAAUCGAGCAACUUCGAUUUUACAGGCGUGAUACCAACAGUCAAAAUUUCUGGACCGUGUUUUUUUUCUGA